CGGCUCCUCCGCCAUCUUAUGUCGCCUUUCCAUUGUUCAUAACUGGAGUCAGCCGAGGCGGCAUUUCACAUUUACUCUCAUUAUAACAGGUUUGGCGGAGAACAGAGAGGGUUACAACACUGGAAAGAGCGAGACACAGGCGGAACUCGAGAUCAUCUCAACAUCUACACAAGAGGAUUUUCUCUCAGGGUUCGGUGUCUUAAUUCGAUCGGAAAAAAAUGAUGGACGACGAGCAGCCCAAGACCCUGUAUGUAGGAAAUCUGUCACGAGAUGUGACCGAGGCCCUUAUAAUGCAGCUCUUUGGUCAAAUUGGCCCCUGCAAGAGCUGUAAAAUGAUUGUGGAUACGGCAGGUAACGAUCCAUACUGCUUUGUGGAGUUCUUCGAGCAUAGGCAUGCAGCGGCCUCACUCGCAGCAAUGAAUGGGCGUAAAAUAAUGGGUAAGGAGGUAAAGGUCAACUGGGCUACAUCACCGAGCAGCCAGAAAAAAGACACAAGCAAUCACUUCCAUGUCUUUGUUGGAGACCUCAGUCCAGAAAUCACCACUGAUGACAUCAGAGCUGCCUUUGCACCCUUUGGGAGGAUAUCAGAUGCACGUGUAGUCAAAGACAUGGCAACGGGGAAGUCAAAAGGCUAUGGUUUUGUUUCGUUCUUCAACAAAUGGGAUGCAGAGAAUGCCAUUCAGCAAAUGGGAGGUCAGUGGUUGGGCGGCAGGCAGAUCAGGACUAACUGGGCAACAAGAAAACCCCCAGCGCCUAAAGCAACCUAUGAAAGACUUGCAGGAACAUGUUUGGCAUCGAUAAUCCUGGUUCUGUGUGUCUGGAUACAAGUGACAACCACAGCAAAAUCAAAUGCCAAGCACUUGUCGUUUGAUGAGGUGGUGAACCAGUCCAGCCCCAGCAACUGCACUGUGUAUUGUGGCGGAGUCACUACAGGCCUUACAGAACAACUCAUGAGACAGACUUUUUCCCCAUUUGGUCAAAUCAUGGAAAUUCGAGUGUUUCCAGACAAAGGCUACUCAUUUGUGAGGUUCAACUCUCAUGAAAGCGCAGCUCAUGCGAUAGUGUCUGUUAAUGGCACAUCCAUAGAAGGUCACAUAGUGAAAUGUUACUGGGGUAAAGAGACUACGGACAUGGUGAGCCCCUUGCAGCAGGUGCAGGUACCCCAGCAGAACAAAGUUGGUUUUGCUGCACAACCAUAUGGCCAGUGGGGACAGUGGUACGGCAACGCACAACAAAUUAGUCAGUACGUCCCUAACGGCUGGCAGGUACCCACUUACGGCGUGUACGGACAGGCCUGGAACCAGCAGGGCUUCAAUCACAUACAGGCUGGUGCUGGAUGGCCUGGUGUGAGCGCCGUGAGUAACGGAGGCGUGGUGGAGCCUGCGCAGGGAGUCAACGGCACCGUGCUAGCCAACCAGUCCAGUAUGGGCACUGCAGGAUACCACACACACUGAUGGAGCGACGGACAACUCUAGCACUCCACUGCAGCCGCAGCAGGGAUCUACACACGACCCGCACCCCAUUCUUAAACACCCAUCAAGAUGCCUGGCCUGGGGAGGGGUGUGCCAUUUUUUUGUUUUUUUUGUUUUAUUUUUUUUUCCCCUGACCCUCCCCAUCCUGCAUCUGUUAUUUACCUUGAGUUUGAGACUUUGAGGCAGAUCUUGCUCGACAUCGUGGGGUAUCGAGUUGCCCUACACUGGGAUUAAACAACAUACCCUGAUACACAAACGUAUUCAGACACAUUAACACACACUCACAUAAAUCCACAAGUCUUCGGCCUGGUGUCCGACUGACUUAUUCCAAGAGGACUAUGCCAUUUUUAACUCAAAGUACUAUAAAUAAAAUCAACAAUAACUGCAUCUUUUUCCAUUUUGCUUUUUUGGUUUGUUUAGAGCGAUUUCAGCUGCUGAUUUUGUAAUAUAUGAAGCUUUGCCUUUUUUCUUUUUUGGACUUGCCAUUUUAAAAGCAAAAUUGUUUUGUUGAGAGGAGCGAUGACACCAAUGAAUCGUGUGAAAUGUCGUUUUUUUUUUUUUUUUUGUUUAUAAAAUGAAUAAAAUGGAUGUCAACUGUUGUAUUUUUUUAAUUAGACAUUCAAUUUCUCAAACUGAACCAAUUGCAGGGAUGACUGCCACAUUUUUUUCCUUCAAGGCAGAUGAAUAUUGCACAAUAUUAAUACGUUUUCACAAGAAUUUGAUGUUACGCAAAUUUUAGGUAUUUUGAAUUGUUUUGCAUUCCACUUUUUUUGAGGGCUUAUAAGUACAGUAUACCAUUCUGUAUGUAAAUAACCAAACAACUGUGUUCAACUGUUGGGACGCUAUAUAAAGAUAAUUCAGAUGUUGAUUAUGGAUGCUUGCUUGCUUUUUUUUUGUAGGUAGGUGGGAGGGACUGUGGGUGGGAAAGGGGUUUUGGGCUUCAUCGCAACUAUCUCUCAGCAUUAGCAGCUCUGUUAAAUGCUGGUCCAUACGGUUUUAAGGAUUCUUCCAGAGAACUCUUGGGGAAGAAUUUGAUGUCUUGCGCUGCAACGAACGAAGUGCGAUAAUUCUGUGUAUAGAAAUCAAAAUGUUGACACUUUUUUUUUUUUAAUGAAGUAUUUAGUAUCAAGACGAGAAACCUGAAUGGAUCAGAAUUUUGCACUGUUGCCCAUUGGAGUUUUAAAAGACGAGACCAAUUGUGUUGCCUUAUUUGAGUUGAUUUCAUUUGAAGAAACUGAUGUUAAUUAAACAUAGGCAGUGCCUACGAAGAAAUUGA